CUCCACUUUGGACCGCAAGCAUUUUCCCCUUCCUCCACUCUGCGCUCUUCUUUUUAAGAACCAUGGAAAGCGCAUCAGGCAACCUCUCAGAUGCGGAUUACCGGAGCCAAAUGGCCGCCUUUUACAACAACAGCGGCUUGUGCUCCAACGGCAGCGGGUGCGACGGGGAGCGCGACCCGGGUGGUGAAGCGGACUACAGCGACGCCAACCCGGUCAUCAUCGCCAUCGUCAUCACGGCGGUUUAUUCCGUCGUGUGCGUGGUGGGGCUAGUGGGCAACGUGCUGGUCAUGUAUAUCAUCGUCAGGUACACUAAAAUGAAGACGGCCACCAACAUCUACAUCUUCAACCUGGCUCUGGCCGACGCGCUGGUCACCAGCACGCUGCCCUUCCAGAACGUCAACUACCUGAUGGGCACAUGGCCCUUCGGCGACAUCCUGUGCAAGAUGGUCAUGUCCAUCGACUACUACAACAUGUUCACGUCCAUCUUCACGCUCACCACCAUGAGCAUCGACCGCUACGUGGCCGUGUGCCACCCGGUCAAGGCGCUAGACUUCCGAACGCCCCGCAACGCCAAGAUCGUCAACGUGUGCAACUGGAUCCUGUCGUCCGCCAUCGGCCUGCCCGUCAUGUUCAUGGCCUCCACUGUCGUCAAUCCCUCGAGCAUCGUGGACUGCAAGCUGAUCUUCCCGCACCCGUCGUGGUACUGGGACAUCCUGCUCAAGAUCUGCGUGUUCAUCUUUGCCUUCGUCAUGCCCGUGCUCAUCAUCACCGUGUGCUACGGCCUGAUGGUGCUGCGCCUCAAAAGCGUGCGCAUGCUGUCAGGCUCGCAGGAGAAAGACCGAAACCUGCGUCGCAUCACCCGCAUGGUGCUGGUGGUGGUGGCCGUCUUCAUCGUGUGCUGGACGCCCAUCCACAUCUUUGUCAUCAUUAUCGCCCUGAUCAACAUCUCCAGCUCCACCUUGCAGACCGUCACCUGGCACUUUUGCAUCGCCCUGGGCUACACCAACAGCAGUCUGAACCCGGUGCUUUACGGCUAUCUGGACGAGAACUUCAAGCGCUGUUUCCGCGAGUUCUGCUCAUCGAGCCCCUCGCUAAUGGAGAUGCAGAACUCCACCCGGGUGGGCGUGGUCGGACGCAAGGCCCCACAGCGCGAGCCCAACACCGCACAGUCGGGAGACAGGUCCAAUCAGCAGGUAUGACUAGCCGUGGAGGAGGAGUCCGUUGACUACCACUGCCAAGGUGGCGGCGCCAACGACGACCUCAUCUCGGAAGUCACCCAAGUCACCACAGGGCUCUGAUUACGAACGCACUCGAGCCGAUACACACCUACACACAGACGGCGAGGCAAAACGUUACAAGUCGGCAAAUGGCGCAGGACCAAUUGGAAAUCAAGUGUGUGUGCAGCAUGAACAAAAAGAAUGCUGAUGAGAUUAUUAUUAUUAUUAUCAUUAUUAUUGAUAGCUCGUCAAAGUAAAUAUCUAGAACGAGCUCAAUUGAUUUUCAUUGAGUUGCCGCACCUAAUGUUCUGACCCCGGAAAUGCUUUUUGGCCCAUUUUCUGCAGCAGCAGUCACAUGCUUAUUUUCCUGGCUGCUUGAUGUUUGCACGGCGGCAAAUUGUUGAUUUUAUCUGUUACACGCUCACUUGCACACACACACACACACACACAAACUGAUAGGUUUCCAACCUGUGCCUGGACUGAGACGGCAGACGGGCUCUGGACAUCGUCUCUUAAACUAUAAAGGGGAUCUAACGAUGUGUGUUUAUGACGCCGCCGCCCCGUUAAUUUACACAUUUUAACGGCACCGGCCUGGCGGCCAUGUCGGAGGCUCACUCGAUGUAUUUUCAACACGGGAAUGUUCUCUGCUGUACGUAUUGCUGCUGCUAUUGCUUUGGUGUCUGUCUUACGUUUUCUUGCCUGGUUGACAAAAAAUGAGGAUGGACAGAUUUCUGUGUGAAACCAUAUUUGGUAUAGCAGGAAAAUACUUUCUCUCUCUACAACUUCAAGCUACUCCCUUUCACGUCUAUGAUGCCUUCGAACCCAAACGCAUUGGGAGGAAUUGAAACGACUGUGCUGUAUCACCAUCAGAAACGCCAUCUUGCGACGGCAAACGAAUGUGACUCUGUGGGAAAAUAAAUGUUGGCGACAACGCACCGAAACUUAAUGAAAGAACACCGCGGUGCCAUUGUUAGAUCAUCUUACGCGACUCGAUUCAAGGGCCGAGCGCUGCGCUCGCCAGCUGUCUUUUCCACUGUCGUUGUAAAACUCGAUAUUCCGUGUGCCGCCAUUUUAUUUUCAAUACAAAGAUAAAUUGAGCCACUGAGACCGAGCAAGGACUAAGAUUUAGUCUAGAACGAAAGUGCAUCGUCCUUCUACUGUGUCAUAUCAACUGUUCUUCAAAUUGUAUAUUGAUAAAACUCACAAUUAAUAUAUAAAUACAUUAAUGUCCUUGCUGUAUAUUCAAAUUGUAUAUUGAUAAAACGCACAAAUAAUAUAAAUAAAUAAGUCAUAUAAAUAAUAUAUAAACAUACGAAUGUCCUUGCUGUUAUUGUCUUGUAUGUAUUGUAUAGAUCCCUCUGGCGUUGUGUAAAUGUGUAUACAU